CUUAAGGAACUUGUCGAAGAAGCGCAUGUUUCUUUCCAACAUCCCAAACAGAAUCGUUCUUUAAUUAGUUCGAGAUUUCUAUUACUCAGUUUGUAAUCAAUAGAACGAGAAUGAGCAACGAGGAGAAAGAGUAGUAGCGAGUCUCGACAACAGUUCCAGAAUAGAAGCUGAGAACAGUGAAUUAAAUUAAAGUAGCAGGUGAGCUGUUAUUUCAUAGAAGAAAGAAAGGAGCCGCUGCUGCAACUGCUGACACUCGGAGCGUCAUCGCGCAGAAGAACUCUUCUGUGUUAGAGAUGUUAAUUGGAUCUCUAUCCAAAAUGGAUGCUGCUCUUUGGUAACCAUCUCUGACAACCAGACGUUUGCUGAAAAUUACUAUUUAACUUGUUCAGCCUCGCACGCUGGAGCAGAGCUUCGAAAAGUGAUUAAAUCAGCUAUUCAAACUGCCGUCCUAUCAACCUCGUUGACAGAAAACUACAUACAAUGAAAAAUAUCAAAUAAAGAAAAGACUUUUUAUUCCUCAAACGUCGUUUUCACACAGAUAAUUAUAUUCGUAUCGUCUUUGAUUAAAACAACCUCCGAACCAAAAUCUGGAAUAUUUUUUAACCAAAUAAUAAAAAGAAGGGAAAAUGAUUACUAAUUAAUCGUUGCUAAAUUAAUCCAAGUAGUUUUCUUGAUCUGUUAUUUGUCUAUUCUUUUCAAUAUCAAUUUUUUGAAAAUUGGCACUAAAACUCAUUAUGAAGGAAUACAAAGUGGUUGUUUUGGGUAGCGGAGGUGUUGGCAAAAGCGCUCUCACCGUGCGGUUUGUGUCUGGUAAUUUUAUGGAGAAAUAUGAUCCGACUAUUGAAGAUUUCUAUCGGAAGGAGAUCGAAGUGGAGACUGCUCCUUGUGUUCUAGAGAUCUUGGAUACAGCCGGCACGGAACAGUUUGCUUCUAUGAGAGACUUGUACAUAAAAAACGGCCAAGGCUUUGUUAUAGUAUACAGCAUUACUAGUCUGCAGACUUUCCAGGAUAUCAAAACUAUGCGUGAACAGAUUAUGCGAGUGAAAGGUGUCGAUCGGAUCCCUAUGUUGUUGGUUGGGAACAAAGUCGAUCUUGCCCAGACUCAGCGUGAAGUGAAUACUAUAGACGGAGCUCUUCUAUCUGAUAACUGGGGCUGCCCAUUCUUUGAGACUUCUGCUAAAACCACACUUAACAUCGACAAUGUCUUUAUUGAGAUUGUGCGGGAGAUGAAUGCUACACCAAUUAGAGAAAGAAGAGAAUGUUGCAGUAUUCUGUGAACACAGGUUAAUAGUGUGGACUGUUUAUCCUACUUCUGAUUACCUAUCAACUGAAAAACUGCCUGUGAAUUUACACUGACAAUUCAAUUUGUUGUGUGCAAGCAUUGCGGCUGUUAAUCAGUGUUUGGAAACAUUCAUUCUUGCUGACUAGUUGGUUCCUGAUUGUCAGAUUGGUUCUACCAGCUGCUGCUAUCAUCACCAUUUAAUCAAAUAUCAGACAUCAGUUUCUCCAUCUGCAGCUACCAGCUCUGUUCAUCAACCAAUUAUCAAAUAGUAAUCUUGUGACCUCUUCACCUGACAUAAAUUGGUCAUCUUCUGAAUAUUUCUGCGAAUACUUUCAGUGAGAGUACACAUUUCCGCAGUUCUGUUUGAAUCCAUGUUGUAGAGGUUCUGUCUACAGUGACAUCUUAUAGACUUUAUCGCCAUCAUAGUUGCAUGAACUUAAAGAGUCUUAGAAGAAAAAAAAAAUCAGUAAAACAAAAUCAAGCAUUAAUAUAUCAAAGUUGAAUCAAUUCAUGUCCUUGUUUAGGUGCUUUCAGAAAAAGCAAAAUCAACCCCUCUGCUUAUCUUUUUUUUUUUUUUUUAAUUUUAUUUUAUAUCUAACUUUUACUUUUCUAAAUCUACCAUAUACUCUGGUUUGAAAAUACUGAGGAAUCUAAUUUUUAGAUAUAUUUUCUAAAAGGAAAAACUUCACUUUCUAUGAGCUCUAGUUAUCCUUUUGUGGUCAAAGACAUAUGGAAGUCACUAGGAACUUCGCCGCUGUCUGUCUUUGAUUUGUUGCUGUAUCAUGAAGUUGUUUUUUUAUCAACAAUCAAAUUUUGCAUUCAACAUCCAUUUCUUAGCAACCUCAUGAGUAUGAAAAAUUUUGAUGUAGUGUUUUCUACAUUAUCCAACUGAAACAUACUGGCAAAAAGCCAAGGAAUAUAUCUUUAACAUCUUUAUAAUAGUAUUUUUAUAAGCAUGUUUAAAAUUUAUAUUUGAAGAUUGAUUUUGAAAAGUAUCAGUUCUAGGAAUUCUUUAGAAAUAUUAUUUUAGUUUGGUCAUUUUACUUAUGUUAAAAGACUACAAUUAUAAUAAUAUGUAGCUUCACUUUUAGAAAUCUUGAAGCUAAAAAUUAACUCAACCAAUAAACACCACCUUUUGAAAGCUUUGCUUCUGUACGAAUCUAGUUAUUUGAUGGUAUUACUGAAAAUACAUAGUGAAAUGUGCCUAGAGUCAGAGGAAUGAUCAUUUCAAGCCAGACAUAUUCACCCAUCCAGCAAAGAUUAAAUGCUGAAUACACAGCAAGAUAACAAGAGGUCAGUAAGUGUUGUGCUCAUGUCUUCUUUUCCUCAUGAACUCUUAACAAAUUUCUCCUGCCAUUAGAGUUUAUAAGACAGUGCAGUAUGAUAAUUUCAUCUAACAUUUAAAAACUCACUUACAAAUCUCUGCUGACUGUUUAUUUUUGACUGUUUUGUUUUUGUAAUUAAAUUUGCAUAAAGUGCGCUGUCACUUGAACAUUAUGUUAUUAAAGCUCCUGCAGAAUGUUUUUGCACUAACUUCCUAAAUAAAAAGACUAAUUAUAAUUAUAAUAGAUGAGCUGAGGUUUUAAUAUGAAAAUUUGAACUAAUGUGCUUCUUAUUAGAAAUAUCUACUGCUAGUUACUGCAGUAGUUCAGUUUUUUUGUUUUUUUUUUAAUGCCAUAUUAUUUUGGCUUGGUUACAGUCAUUUGUAAUCAUGUAGACUGAAGUUCUAACAAAUUUAAUGCUUUCAUCUUUGAUCUGCAAUACUGAAUGAAGCCUUUGUCACAAAACCAAUCUCAAUGUCUUUCAUAUAGUUCUAUGAGUCUAAAUACUGAUUGUCCAAACUGUGCUUAGAUCAGCGCAAAACCCUAAAUCCCACAGCUUUAAAUGUAUAAUGGUGACAAAUAGAACUGUGUAUUACAGUCAUCCAAAGAUUUCUGCGACUUUUUGUACAACUUUAGUUUGCAUUAAUUUUUAUAUAUUUUUUUAUCUAAGAGUUCAAUCUUAUUUAGUUACAUCAUCUAUAUCAAGUUCUAAAGUCAACAGAUUACUCAUAGCUAGUAGGAAUAUAGGGCAAAAUUCUAAUGAUAUUCUGCUGUUUUACAUCUUUUUGAUGCUCAGUUUGGACAAAAACAACAUAAACAAGAAAAAAAACAAAAAAAAAUACAUUCUUGACUAUUUAGAUAUUCAUAGUGUUUUCUCUUUAGAAUUUCUAGCUGGGACCAUUGAAAACUGAAGCCACAUGAUGUUGUGGCUGGAUCUUUCAAGUUAUAACUUAUGAUGUGGCAUCCAUUCUUCUCUGUUCUUAUAUGUAUAUUGUAAAUAGAAAUCCUGUUAUUUAAUCAUCUCUAUUUCUGUCAAGUGUCUUAACUUUCCAUUAAUUUUUGUAGUGACUUAUUUCAAAGUGGAAAUCGUAUUGAGUAAGGUUUGGCUUAGUUUAAUCGACUGUAGCUUGUUGUUGCAGUUGUUCUCCUGCCUUGUAUUAAGCACACAAUUCCUGCGCAAUACAAUUCCUACCUGGGUUCUAUGACUGCCUAAAUCUCUAUCUAAACCUGCUUUAUUUUGUAUUUAUAUUUUUAAUCCUCAAUGUCAAUGAUCUGAUAGCAUUUACAAAGGCUCAAUCAGUUCAGUUGGGUGAACAAACUUUUCCUACUCUCCAGUGUAGGAUUGCUGUCAUUACAGAAAUGGUUUUAGAAACUACUACUCAAUGCUAAGCUCUGUUUGAUCUUUAAAUUUUUACAACUACCUCAGCAAAGCAAAUAUGUCAUCUGAUUUCCAUAGAUUCCUAUAAAAUUUAUUUUUGUUUAAUUUUUUUUUAAUAAGCUCUUAAUUAGCAUCUAUCUUUGUUUAGUUUCCUACCUUGGUGUAGGCAUCAAAGAAAAAGUAUUUAGAAAUAUGUCACCUAUGAGUUGACUUAUGUUUCUCUUAAGAAUUUGAUUUCCAUUGUAUAUUAUCAUAGUUAUGUCAACCAGCCAUCUUAAAGAAUUGCUGGCAGACCAAAAAAAAAUCAAAAAAAAAACCUCAUGGUUCAUCCUUUAUAGACAAAAGUAUCAAAUGUAUAUUGGUUUUAGUGCUCUCCAUUUUCCUUUUGUUCUACCAUCUCAUUAUACAUAUAUAUGGUUACUACUUCCCCAAUGCUUGCUGCAAAUGAGGCUAACAUUUUGUUCAGAUCCUCACUGAUUAAAACUUCAUACAAUUAAGAAAUUUUUUUAAUUGUCUCCAUCCAUUCAUGCCAUUGACAACUCAUUGGUAAUCUAUUUGUUUACUUGAAAUACUUCAAAUAGAUUUUUUAGCAUUUUAAAAAUCAUUUGCCAAAUCACCAUUUUGUAUCAAAAUAGCCAUGUUUAUUUGCUUUUAAAGAAAGAAUACUUGAAAAAAAAAUUGUGUCAAAUUCUUCACAACUUUCUUUCAAAUCCUCAAAUUUAGAACCUUCAAUAAAAUCUCUAUUACUUUGUU